CGCCCCUAAGUGCUGUGCUGCUGUCACUCUAAGCAUUGCAGACGUCAUGGCUGAUGAGAUCAGUAAGGCUCAGGCUGCAAAGCCUGGUGGAGACACAAUAUUCGGGAAAAUCAUCCGCAAGGAGAUACCGGCAAAUAUCUUCUAUGAGGAUGAACAAUGCAUUGCUUUCCAUGACAUUGCUCCCCAAGCGCCAACACAUUUCCUAGUGGUCCCCAAGAAAGCUAUCACUCAAUUAUCUGAAGCAGAUGCCGCAGACGAAGCACUCCUUGGACAUCUCAUGAUAGUUGGCAAGAAAUGUGCGGCUGAUUUGGGUUUGAAGAAGGGCUACCGACUUGUUGUAAAUGAGGGUCCAGAUGGUGGCCAAUCUGUAUAUCACGUUCACCUGCAUGUACUUGGUGGCCGUCAGCUGGGCUGGCCCCCUGGCUAACAUUGAGUUACAAUACAUACUUAUAAGGCAGGUGUAGUCUGCCUUCUCACGUGAAAUGAGUUCUUGAAACAUCCGCCUCCUAUGCGCUGCAGUUAUUUGCUCAGACAGACUAAAAGCUGUUUCAUGUGAUGGCAAAAAAAACAAAUAAAAAUGAAUCUGCUUUUUCAAUAUCAA